AUGCAGGACAAUUUUUCACUAUGUGCAUCAUCAAAAUGGCACGGACCAAGAGUGUUAGUAAUUCUUUGGGUUCUUUCCUCGGUAAUGUUUAGAACUGGGAUAUAUCAGCCCUUUGCGGGCUCAAGAGGGAUUACCAGGAAGUUCAGUACGUUCAAUUCGAGGCUUUUACAGAAUCUCGGAGAUGCACAAAAGAACAAAGUCUUAAGGGAGAAGAUGCUCCAAGCUGCUCAGCUCCGAGAACAACAGGUUGCAUUGAGAAACAGAAGUACCACGUACUAUGCAGCCUCUUUUGGGAUAUUUUUUCUUUCCUUGGCUUUUGCUGCUGUUCCGCUUUACAGAGCAAUUUGUCAAAGAACAGGUUGGGGUGGUAUUCCCAUCACCGAUUCAACCCAGUUCACUACAGACAAGGUGAUUCCUGUUGAUACCAACAAGAGAAUCAGAAUUUCUUUCACUUGCCAAUCUUCAGGAAUUUUGCCCUGGAAAUUCACCCCGCUUCAAAAGGAGGUGUACUUGGUUCCAGGAGAGACUGCUUUAGCCUUCUACAAGGCCAAGAACAUGUCGAAGGAGGACAUCAUUGGGAUGGCUACUUACUCUGUGACCCCAGAACAAACUGCAGGGUACUUCAAUAAAAUCCAGUGCUUUUGCUUCGAAGAACAGCGGUUGAGCGCAGGUGAAGAGGUGGACAUGCCCGUAUUCUUCUUCAUCGAUCCUGAAUUCGCCAAGGACCCUAACAUGAGAAAUAUCGACGACAUUGUGUUGCACUAUUCGUUCUUCAAAGCCAAGUACUCCGAAGGUGAACUACAAGCGGUGCCUACUGGUAGGGAGAAAGUUGACUUAGGAAUAAAGGUAGAAACCGCAUGA